CACCGCUCAUCCACCAACUAUCUGCACCGUACAUCUGCUCGCCCGUCUGCAACAGACCGACUAUUAGCACACACGAUCGUCGGAUCUGAUAAACCCGAAUGUUAUGAUUGGCUCGCCAGACGCACGUCCAAUGCGCCGCCGCCGGUCUGCAUAAUCACCCCGUGCGGGUGGCUGGCUGGCAAUGCGAUGUCACCCCCCGGAAGCGGGAGCGGAAAGGCCCCCCUCCAAACCAUGCCAGCGGUCCAUCCGUAAGAUAAAAAGCCAGGAUGCGCCAGGUAUCUUCAUGUCGGCAGCUGGGCAAGCUUCCAUCGUCCAGGUUCAUCCAUCUGCAGCUGCACUCAGUGCAGUGCAGGAUCGUCAACUCACCUUUGGGGAUUCUGUUUUGAUUGUGCCGCAAGUAUUGUCAGAUUCUAGCCACUAUCUACACGUUCUGUUUUUGGCCGUGAUUUGCAUAGCCUGCGCUGCGCUCUUUGCUUGCAGUCGGGGGAGGGGUUUUGCUGGUUCAUUGUUACUCGCUCGUUGUUCACGUUGCUUCGCUGGGAUUUGAGCCUGAUUUUAAUACCGAAAGAGAGUGGGACCUUCGGAGCUAUUAG